AUGUAUCCAUUUCCUUACAAUGUCUACAAUCAAGGCUACAAUCAGAGAGUUCCAUUCAUCAUCCCAAGACCAUACGUUGACGAUUUCAUUGAUCUCCGACGAAGCAAUGAGAGACCGUACAAAUCAACGCCAAGUGAAAGACAGAGCAUAAAUCGUUUUGCCAAAUCGAGCCAAUCGUUUCGCAUUCUAUUCAUUUCCAUUUUGAUGACAGACAACUCCACUGAAGCUGUUGAUGAUUUUGUGCCUGAAAUUCGUCGUUCCGAUGAUUAUCUGGCUGCGGGAGCGAUUCUUUUGAUCGCUUCAACAGGUCUCUGUCUCAAUGCCUGGAAUCUUUUCUAUUAUCGCCGUGAUCCUCGAUCGAUCACCUAUUUCAUCCGUGCCCGAAUCGUCAGCGAUAUGAUCGUUUCAACGAUUUUCCUCACCUACACAAUGCCGGUCAUUUUAUUUGCCUUAAACGAUGUGCAUUCUGGCAAAACGGUGACAAAGAUUUGCAUCAUCCUCGUCUGGCUCAUCUCCAGCUCGGCGAUUUGGGGUGACACUUUUGGUGAAGAUUGUGUCUAUUCAUUUGAUUACACUUGGCUAUCUUGGAGUUACCCGUCUAGUCCUUGCGGAAAGUUUGCUCAAACGUACGCCUUUCUCCUACCAGCUUAUAUUUGCAAUUUUGUCACUUUCAUCAUCAAUAUUGUCAUCUGUUUUCGGUUGAUUUUAAUGAAAUUCUAUCUUAAGCACACCGGCUCUCAAAUCAUCAAACGCCACAAUAUUCAUGCACGAUUUUUUAUCCAGUCCGGCCUUCAAUUUCUCGUUUUUACCAUCGAUUUGUGCAUGAACACGUUUUUCGACGAACCCGACGAUCGUUUAAUCACUUUUUUCUACUAUUCACUUAUUUGGAUGUCUUUGCAUACGAUUGAUGGACUCAUUAUUUGUUGCUUUCGAUCAAAAAUCGAGCGCCGAAAGCUCGAAUGGACACCGAAUCGCAUCUUUUCCACAGUGAAUAACUCGGCGAUUCCUAAUCAUUCG